AUGGAGAAAGAGACUAGGGAGGAAUGCUUGAUCGGUCCGGAUGACUUGAUGGACUCAAGGCAUUUCAACGUGUUCUUCGCCACUUUUCGUGCCUUUGCCCAGCCGGUUGAUGUGCUUGACCGAAUGUUGAGGAGAUAUGAAUCCCUAGAAUGCGACUCCGCCGGCAGCACCUCGGCCUUGGUCAUCCAAAACUCGAUUCGCUCGGUGCUGAUCUGUUGGAUGGACAUGUACCCAGAGGAUUUCUACUCCAUCGAAACAGACUUUGCCAUGCUCACAAAUCUAUUGGACUUUGGUUUAAAACACAAAAUGCCCGAUGUGAGAGCAAAAGCGAGAAUUUUACGGGAAAAGUUCAAGAAAAUCGCGAGUCAAGGAGGAAUGAUUGCCGCUCUUCCCUCACUGGAUCAACUCGCUUAUGCAUUUGGAUAUGAGCACGCGGAUUAUGUGAACAAUGCAAGGGAACGGGCGAAGAUGUUCGAUGUUGGAAGGGGAAAUUGCGUACAAAUUGCUGAGCAACUCACCUUUUGGGAUGCGGCUCUCUUCAAAGAGUUGCUCACUCAUCAAUGUCAGGGUUGUAUGUGGUCAAAGAGGGAAAAGGUGAAACCGGACAAAGUUUACACUGUAAAGGCCACGAUAGAUCAGUUUAAUGCGGUUUCUCGGCGCGUGAUGACCUCGAUUGUUUUGCCCGAUUGUCGACCGGAUUUUCGGGCAAAGAUCAUCGCGAAAUGGAUCGAUAUUGCCAGGGAGUUGAGAGCCUUGAAGAACUUCUCUUCAUUGAAAGCUGUGAUUUCUUCGCUUCAGUCAGAGCCAGUUCAUCGAUUAAAAAGCACAUGGGCUUUGGUGCCAAGCCGUUCUUUGACCCAAUUCCGUGAGCUGGCCUCGAUUUUCGCUACCGAUGUCGAUGGGGAUGAGCAGAACGCUCGUCGAAUAUUGGAUGAGGAGGGUACGGCUAAAUCGUCACCCCUGCGAAGACCUCAAUUGAUUCAGAAUUGUCGCCGAACAAAAAGUGAUGUGAAUUUGGCUGAAUGCCAAGGAACUGUUCCUUACCUUGGCUCUUUCUUGACGGAUUUGACAAUGAUCGAUCAAGCGGCUUCAGAUUAUACAGAAGAAGGAUUGAUCAACUUCGACAAACGGCGUCGAGAGUUCGAGGUGUUGGCCAAGUUGAGGCUAUUCCAAUCAGCCGCUCGAGCCUACAAAAUCCCGAUGGAUCGAGAGUUCUGUGCUUGGUUCUUCUAUUUGCCUUGCUUGUCGGAAGAUGAUUGCUUCCAACGCUCAAUGGAGAUCGAGAGACCCCCAGCAAUCUCCACUCCAGAUUUGAAUUCGAGAAAUCACAAUCUAUCAAGUGUGAACAGUUCAAGCUCAAAUAUGAAUAAAAGUAACACUUUGUCACGACUGUUCAACAAUUCGAGGACAAGCGAGGACAAUCAUUCGAUUUCUGGUAGUGGCACGCCGUUGAUGGGUCAAAAUUCGAGAGAUUCUGGAAUCCACAAUGACGAUUGGACUGAUGGAGGGAGUGGAACACCGGCAAUGUCAAGAAUGGCCGACUCGGGCCAUCCAACCUCUUCAUCAACCGCUCCAUCCACUCCCGCAUCGACGAUUUCGGGUAAAGCCGGCCGCAGCAUUUUCUAUCACACCCCACCGCAUAUUGGCAGUGAAUUCUCACCAAUGGCUAUGUUCCAGCCACAUCAAAGGACCCAUUCAAGUGAUUCGCAUGAUCGGGCCAGACUACCGCCUGAUUAUCCGGCAUCGACCGUGUCUUCUGGAUCAUCACAAUCAAACAAUUCCACGCCGACCUUUCAUUUGGCGAGAGUUGGAUUGGAUGAUGCGUUGCAGCCGGAAGGAAGUGGGGGUGCCAAUUACAAGUGCAUUAAGGUCGAAAAUGGUGAUCGAAUGCCGGAGUUGAUCGAGCGGAUUCUUGAGAAACACCUCAUUGAUGGAGACAAAAGCGAGUUCUGUUUGGUGCAACUUUUGGAAAAUGGAGGCGAAUUCCAAUUGCCCGACAAAUGCAAUCCAUUCUACGCGAUGGCUCCCGACAAAUCCCAUAUGUUCAAUUUGAUUCUAAGACGGAGAAAGGAGUUGGAUGGUGGCUCUCAAUCACCGGCGUUAGGUCCAUCGGCGAAGAAAUUAAACAAAAUGAAGAGGAGCAACCUGUUGAGAUGGAGUAGUGGAUAUUUA